UAUCAUGUCCUUCCAGUCGUACUUUCACAGCCGAUUAUGACAAACUGUCUGCUGAGAUCUACUGGACUGAUCCUGAGGGAUAUGAUUUCAGUACAGGAUUGACGACUAAGCAAACCAGGGGACCAGGCCCUCACUCCCGGUUCUAUGAAGGCACAACUACGGUAGGAUACAGGGCGACAGACUACUACGGGAACAGUGAUUAUUGCUCUUUCUACGUCACAAUCAAUGUGAUUAGAUGCAGCUAUCGGUAUGAUCCCAGUUAUGGUGAUGUCUCUUGCGACAAUUCGGACAGAAGAUAUGGUACCUUAUGCAGUUAUACCUGCGAUUACGGCUUCUGGCGUGACGGUAGUUCCUCCACUUCGUGUGAGAAGAGCGGGUAUUGGUCCUCAAGUACCCCAACAUGCAGAAGGAAAUAUUGCGGUUCUCCAUCCACGCCCUUCAGAGGUCUGAGUGUAUCCUGCACCAGUGGCUACUACUAUGGAAGCAGAUGCACGCUAAACUGUGACUGGAGAAGAGGAUAUUCGGCAGCAUAUAUGAACUAUGCUUCGUGUGAUGGGACUGGGAAUUGGUAUUACAGAAACUGGCGGUGUGCAGAUACAGAGAGACCAAAGAUCUUAAACUGCCCUGAGGCAGAGUUGAAGACGACAAGCAAUACCUACAUAUGGUCUACAGUCAGGGCAACGGACAACUCCGGUAGUGUCACCUUGACCCAGGUGAAAGGUCAAAGGCCAGGGUCAGUGUUGACAGGGGGAUUGCACCUGAUAGAAUACCGGGCUGUUGACUCUUCCGGAAACCACGCUCAGUCCUGUACAUUUACAGUCAACUAUGAAGUUCCGCCGUGUACCAGGCCCGCCGUGGUAGGUGGUGGCGACUACGACCCCAUCUUCAACUGCUAUUCCAGCAACUACACCAUGGGCUCCUCGUGCAAAGCCAACUGUCCACACAGCCGUGUGCUGGGGAACCCGUACAUCACGUGUGAGAGGAACGACAGCCUCAUUCCGGCCUCCAUCUGGGUGGGACACAACAACUCCUUUCCGAAGUGCCACAAGAAAGCAUGCCCCGAUCUGAAGCCGCCAAGUAAUGGUGCUCUUGUAUGUGACAAGAUCUUCGGAGGAGAAACCUGUCAGGCUCAAUGCCAUGCUGAUCAUGAUGUCCCGGGUGACAAGGCCUACCGCAAUACAUACAUAUGCGGCUCCAAGGGAGGGUGGCUGCCUUCAUCUCACGUACCUGAUUGUUCCACAUUGGUAUUCCCUGACUCCUACAACCUUCCGUCCCAUCUGUUCUACUAUGGAGGGAACUGCUCUGACAAUUCCGAGAUCGCAGAUAAGUUUUUAGAGAAUCUUAUUGAGUCAUCAACUCACGAUUGCGACGAUGGUAAAUGUACUGUUGAAAACGUCGACGUGAAAUGUGGUGCCAUUGAGGCAGAUGACGAUGAUUUUCAUGAGGAAGACGAGGAGUAUUACUACUACUAUGAAGAUGGUGAUGACCUUGACCUUGAAGAAGACUAUUUAGACGAAGAAGGAGUUGUUGACCUUGAAUUGGUGGGGGAAUAUGCGAAUGAAGGUAGCGAGCUAUCGGAGAAACCUGAACCGACCAAAGCUUCUGAUCUGUUGUUGAGGAGACGAAGGGAUGUUGGCGGCAUGACUUCUCCGACGCCUGUUUGGAACGCAACAUUACCUCCUGACAGCGACGUAGGACUCGGCAACACUACUGAUGUUGGCAACAUGUCUUCCCCGACGCCUAUUUGGAACGCAACGCUGGCUCCUGACAGCAACGAGGGACUCGGCAACAAUACUGAUGUAGGCAGUGGCGCUGUAAGGAGACGUAAAAGGAAACCAUUGUCCCGCAUCGAUGUCAGGUUCAACUGGGUUUUCACGGACAGAACUCGUCCCUUGACAACCGAGAAUGUGACAGACUUCGUCGGUAUCGUCCUCAACUCCACCCGUCGGUCCCUCAACGGCUCAAGAGCAGCAAACUUCAUAAUUGGAAGUCUUGGAAAUCUGACUGUGACGUGUGGGCCUGGGAAGGUGAUAUCCAACGUGUCAAGGUUACUCUGUGUUCAUUGUCCACGUGGGACGUUCCACAACCAGGAAGUGGACACCUGUGAGGCGUGUCCGGUCCACACCUACUCCGACACCAGUGGUCAGACACAGUGCACUCCGUGUGGUCAGAUGACCGGUACAAAGAACAAUGGAAGUAAAACUUACCGGGACUGUAUCGCGAUGUGCCAGCCUGGCAAUUUUUCUGUGACUGGACUGAUACCCUGCGACCCUUGUCCUUUUGGAGCAUAUCAGCCGAAUCGGUUUGGAAAAAGUUGCAUUCCAUGCUCUUCGGAAUCGUCCACUGUUGGAAUUGGGAGUUCUAGCGUGAGCCAAUGUGUUCCAUUCGAUGUACUGGUCAAAGGUCCUGUUCAGUUGAAUUUUGGCCCUGUCCUGAACGACUGGGUAGAGGAUUUGUCCCUCGCCUUCUGGUACCGCUCGCUGCCCCAAAGCAGAAGUAGCAGAAACAUCUCACUUGUGCUCAGUCAUCCCACCAGAGGGCAUCAGAUGACCUUUGAACUGACCACUCGGACAAAUAUAAGGAUGAGAGGUCAGGAGGUCCCAGUGAACACCUACGUCCCCCAGGACCUGUGGACACACAUGGCGGUAGUGUGGAAAGGCUAUCCCAGUUUCGUGGACAUCUACAGGGCUGGCAGCAGGGUGGCACGUUAUGGAAACGAAGUACCUCUGUGCUUCGUGCCGGAGGGAACAGAGCUUACCAUCCAUAUCGAACAAGGGACAGAAUUGAGUUUGAGGGAGAUCUACGUGAUGCCACUAAGCAAUGUCUCGAGGACUAUAGCUCACAUGGCCAGGUCCUGCUCACCUGGAGAUGUUGGGUUCGAUUCUCUCAUCAACAAAAUCAAGGCCUCGGAUCCAUCGAAGAUCAGCAUGGUGGUACCCAGUGUCUGUUCAGAGAUCGACCGAUGUUCUCCUAGCCCCUGUCCCGAGCACUACUGUCGAUCAUUCAAGUAUGGCUUCAAGUGCACGUGUAAAGGAGGCUUCUCUGGCCUGACGUGCGAGAUACCACCGGACUACUGUGUCGUGGACAACAAGUGUGAACAUGGCGCUAUGUGUGAGAAUAUCAAGGGAGGGGUAAACUGUACCUGCACUGACGACUACAAGGGGCGAUACUGCGAAAUACCAAUAGUUCAUGGCAAGUGGAAUGUUUGGACUCCAUGGUCCUCGUGUUCUGUGACCUGUGGCGGGGGUGUAAGGUCAAGGUCAAGGGCUUGUGACAAUCCUUCUCCUGAGCCUGAGCUCGGAAAACCAUGUGAAGGAUCUGCUGAAGAAACAUAUGUUUGUAAUGAGAACAAAUGCCCAGAAUGCAAGGCGUCCCAGUUGACACUGAGCCAGGGCGUCAGUGUUAGCUGCACCAACUUGUCGAAAGCGGCCAUGAACUGUUCCGUGUCAUGUGACGAAGGUUUGGUGUUCCAGGAGGAUCCUCCAUUGUAUGAAUGUUAUGAAGAACUGUGGACCCCUAAAGCAAAGACUAUAUCUUGCGUCAACUUCCAGAUCCCAAACAACGUGUCGUUCAGCUACACCGUCCCCUACAAGACACGGGUCGGAAUCAACAUGGCUGCCGAUCUCGCCAUUAUCCAAAACACGGCGUCUGUCUGCGCGUCUAAUACUUCCUGUGUUCGGGACGAGACUUGUACAGUCGCAGUUGUCGUGGAAACGUGUCAACGGGAGGCUGGAGGGUGCGCUCAGUUUCCAGAAGGAUACAAGGCGAAAAUGAAGUUUGAGGCUAAUUUUGUUGUCAGUAACUGGAGUGCCGUCGAAACAAGGCAGAAUCUGGCAGAGGCCUACUCGUCCUUGAACAACAGCUACAAUGACCUUGAGGAGAUGUACGAGGAGUGCUUCCUGGUGACACUGACAGAUGGUCCAGUCAAGCCAGGAACGUCCAUUGCGGACAGUGACCUCUCAUGUCCAGUAGGGUCAGUCCCAGACAUGGGCUACUGUACUUCAUGUGCCCCCGGGACGGUGUCCGACAAUGACACGUGUGUUGCGUGCGAGCGCGGUUGGUACCAGGAGGAAUCAGGGAAGUUACAGUGUGACCUAUGUCCAGCUGCCUUUAACACUGAAUACAUGGGGUCAAGCGUGGAAUCCGAAUGUAUAGCUCCCCCUGCUGAUGCCUUCAUGCUUCUCACUGACCCCAUCACUGGACACAUCUGGUCUGUCAACAUGUCCGACUUCACACACAAGGCUGUGGCUCUGCCGGACAACGUGAGACUAGGGUCAUCUGCAUACGACCCGGUCACGAACCACAUCUUCUAUGCUGACAAAUACAGACCUGCCAUACACAGUGUUGGGCCCAAGAAGAGCAAGACGUACAUAUUGCUCAACUGGGCUGCUGCUGUGGAUGGUAUAACAAUAGAUCCUGUAUCAAGACUCAUAUUCUACACCGACAAAGGCAAUGACGUCAUUGGCGUGGUAACAAUGGUUACAAAAUAUCACAAGAUUGUGAUCAGAGCUGCUACCUACAUGCCAAGACAUAUCGAAGUGGAUCCUUUACACGGUGUAAUGUACUGGACAGAUUGGGGCGAGGACAACAGGAUAGAGCGGGCCAACUACGAUGGGACUGCCCGACAGGUGCUGGUCAGUUCCAUAUGGCCGGAGGGACUAACACUGGACAGGGAUGCCCAGAAGCUGUACUGGAGCGACGCCGGGUCCAAGACCUUGGAGAUGAUGGACCUUGAAGAAGGAAACAGAACUACCCUCCUGACGACAGACAACUACCCCUCCACCAUCGCUGUCUUUAACGACUUCCUCUUCUACUCCGCAAUCUUACCUAAUUCCAGCAGCGUUGUGAGAAGGGUAAACGUGGAUGGUACGGGAUUCGCCGAGACAACGUUACCUUCCUUCCGCUACCUGUCAGACAUCCACGCCUACCAACAGAGUGAUUACGAAACAGUAACAAAUGGAUGUACUGACAACAAUGGCGGGUGUUCGUAUUUGUGCUUCCCUCGCACAAAUGGAACUAACGUCUGCGCAUGUCCCGAUGGCUACACUAUGGAUGAAAAUGAGGUUGACUGCACCAAAAAGAUCAGCAAGUCGUGGUGGUGGGAUGUGUGGAUGCAGCCUCGACGACGGAGAGACGUGGAACAUGCGCUGCGACAACGCCAUGGGGACUAAACACCGAUACCCCAGUCUCAUUGGUGUUAUUUGAUUAAAUAUACGAUUUUUUAGCUUUUGAGCAAUUAUUUUAUUUGUCUUCUGUAGCAUUUUAAAGGAUAUGUAUAGCAUCAGAUCUACUGUAAAACACGCUUUUUUUGCUUUUCCGUUACUUCACAGGGAUACACUAGUGGCCGCUAUGGGUAAAGCUCUCUCUCGGAUUAACUGGGUUCGAUCCCCCCAUAUGGGGUACAAUGUGUGAAGACCAUAUUUGUCCCCCACUGUGAUAUCGCUGAAAUAUUGUUAAAAGCAGCGUUAAUCCCAACUCACUCACUCACUACUUGACAAUUGUAUUAAUUUAGCUUAAAUCUUUAUUGUUAUUCAGUCCUGUGUAUAUCAUCAUAUAAAACUACUGAAACUUUCUAAGUUGCUUGAAUUACUGUUAUUUGUCGUUUUUGAUCAAUUCCUCUCAGAAUAAAUAUUGUGAAAAUGAAAAAUGUUGUCCAUGCGUUUUGUUUCUUUUCCGCCGUCAGUGCUGUUUCCCGUGAAGUGUGUCCUCCAUUCUUUGUAUUAUGAC